UAUUCCUGUUCUUUUUUAUUUAUUUUUCUUGUCUAUACUUUUCUUAUCUAUACUUAAUGCAAAAUUUAUGUACUGAAUUCCGGUAUCUAAUUAAGUUGUUUUCUUUACCUAAACUGUCGAAAAAUUUUAAUAUCUUGAUUUAAUUUAACAAUCUUGAUUACAGUGUAUAUAGUACAUAUAUACUUAUUUGCUUACUUAGAUAUAUUAAUUGGUAGCAAAUAGUGUUCAGCAUAUAUUGAUUAUUAUGAAGUGCAAGUUAUUGGUAAGAUUUAUAAAUAAAUGUAAUAUUUUUUUAUACGCGAAAUAGCUAUAAAAAUGUUUUGCAUUUAUUCGUCUUGAUCAUAUGAUUAGAAAUAUUUAUAAAAUUUUAGGCGAUUAAUAAAUUUUUAUUAAUGAUAUAUAUUAUAUAAAAUAAUUAAGUAAAAUGUGUAAUAAAAAUAUGUAUUAUUAUGUACUUAAUGUCUAUUUUCUUUCACCAUUAUUAAGAAAACAGCCAAAGUUAUUUUGGGUAUACAUUGAAGGUUGGCUGCCAACCUCAGAUAUUCAGAUCUACUUCUUCAAUUUAAUAUAUAAAAACGAUUUUAAUUAAAUUUAUUUAAAAAUGGACUCGGAUUCUACAGAAAUGGUGAAAGAAAUCAAAGACAAGGUAAUAUUACAUUGGAAUUGUCGAGGUCUUGUGGAAUUUCCUGAAGCGAUAAGAAUCUAUGGAAGCCACAUUCAAGAAAUAUAUUUAAAAUGGAAUAAAAUUACUACUUUACCUUCAUGGAUUAUAGAACUUUUUAAUGUUACUAAUUUGUAUGUUUAUGGAAAUCUGAUAAAGGAAGUACCUCCAGAGCUUUGUCAAAUGAAUCAAUUAACAGUUCUUGAUUUAAGUGCUAAUAAAUUAGAGCAAAUAUCCCCUUAUAUAGGAAAUUUAAUAAGUUUAAAAUCUUUAUUAUUAAAUGAAAAUUUUAUAGAUAAAUUACCAAAUGGUAAGUUUUUAAAGAAAAAUAAAAAAAGUUUCAAAAGUUUAUAUAAUUUCAUAAUUUACUUUUACAUAAUUUUUAUAGAAAUGAAUCAAAUGCAUAACUUAGAAAUUUUAUCUAUUUCUGGAAAUAAAUUUGUUGCACUACCAGAAUGGAUUGGUUCUUUACCUAAAUUAAAAGAAUUAAAUGCAGAUAAUAAUUGUCUUAAAGAACUUCCAAAUAGAUUAACUUUAUCUCCACAGCUGUCAAUUAUUUCUGUAUGUUCUAACAGGCUAAGAUAUUUACCAUUAAAUGGAUUUGUAUCUUCUCCUUGCAUUAAAUUUGAUGCAAAUAUAUAUUUAAAUUAUUUGUCUUAUCCACUUCUUUAUCAAUUAACAUCUCAAAUUCAAUAUUCAUUUAUUGAAGAUCAAAGAAAUAUUUUGGCUUAUGGAUGCUUUGCAACAUGUUAUGAAAAUACUACAUUACAUACAAAUAUUAAAUUAAAAAUAAAAAUAAAUGAAAAGGAUACUGACUUUAUAAUAGAAUUACCACGUCAACUUUUAAAAGUUCAUAAUAUAUUUGAAAAUACAGUUAUUUCUUUAUGGGAAUUAUCUUUAAGAAAAGUUUAUACCGAAAGGUAUAAACAUACACUUAAUAUUUCUGUAUCACCUAUAAGCAUAAAUGUUCAAUAUGAACCAAUUCAAAUAAAAAGUUGUCAAAAAUUUGAUUUUAAUGUUUCAUGUAACUUAUUAAUGAAUGGUCCAGUAAGUAUUUGUGUAAAUUUUCAAUGUCAACAACCAAUUUUUACAGAAGCUUGGAUUAUUAUUGGUAUGAAUUAUUAUGGAGAAGCUAUAACAACAGUUGCAUUAUGUUGCUGUAAAAGAUGUGCAGCUGAAUUCUCAAAAUGUUCUAAUAUGACAAUUAAACAUACUUGGUAUUGUAUAAAUUAAUAAAUUAUUUAGAAAAUAAUUCUGUAAAUAUAUUACAUUAAAAAAAUAAGAAUUUAAUGUUUUCAAAUCAGACUAAAAA